CACAUCGUAUACGAGUUAGUUGUGAGCUAGAUACGGACAUGGCAGGAAAUCUAAAAAACAAAGUCGUGGUUAUAACCGGAGGCGCUGAAGGUAUUGGCUUUCACUUAGCCGACAACUACCUACAGAAGGAAGCUAAGCAUAUCAUCCUACUUGACGUGAACGAGAAGAAAGGCAACGAAGCAGUUAGUGCCUUAACGUCGAAACACGGAAACAAAGUCAGCUUCAUGAAAUGCGACGUUACCACUGACUUAGAAGCUGUUUCCAAGAAGAUAUUCAACACUUUUCAAUACGUCGACGUCCUUGUGAACAAUGCUGGAAUCCUCAACGAUGGAAAACUCAAACAAACUAUUGGAAUCAACGUCACAGCACUAAUAGAAUGGUCUUUGAAGUUCUGGGAACACAUGAGAAAGGAUAAAAACGGUAAAGGCGGCACUAUCAUUAAUCUAGCUUCCAUUUAUGGUUACAGAAUCGACCAGUUCCUACCGGUAUACCAAGCUUCUAAAUUCGCUGUGAUGGGCUUCACUAAAUCAUUAGGACAUCUUUAUAAUUACAACAGAUCUGGAGUGAGAGUCAUUGCUAUAUGUCCAGGAUUUACAGAGACUAAACUUACAGCUGCACCUGCAACGUGGGAUGAUAAACUAAACGAUGAAUUUGGGAAAUUUUUGAAAGACCAGGCUUGGCAGAAGGUAGAUGUUGUUGGUAAAGCUGGUGUGACCAUUUUUGAGACUGCUGAUAGUGGUACUGCGUGGUUAAUAGAAGGUUCACGUCCUGUUGUGCAGGUUUUUAAUGAAUAACGCCAGUUAAAUCCAAAAACACGGCGACAUCCCGACGAGAAUGUUAAAAACAGAAACAAUAAUAUUUAUGAAUUAGAAAUUCGAGGCAGGCAUAUAAUACAUUCCUAGAACCUUAUUUAAUGUUAUUGGUAACAGUAGAUUAGUACUCUAAAUACUAAGUGGAUAGUAAAUAACUUCAAAUUUCAUUCAAUUAUGUUAUCCUAUCGUAAUAUAAAUGUAAAACUCAAACGUGCGUUUUAUUUCUGCUAUUGUUGAGUAGUAAGUUUUUUCUUCAGAUUUAAGGCUCUGCCUAGUUUAACUUUUUCAUAGGCAGUGCCAAUUACAGGGCUUAAUUAUGUUUUGACUUUUCUUACUAAUAAAAUAUUUGCAGUCAAUUCCCCCUCGCUUUCCUUUUCAUAACUACCAACUAUAAAAGUUAGGGCAUUAGCAAAAUAAAAUAGCAUAAUCUCAUUCUACUUAGAAUUUUGUUGCCCAUGCUCGGGUACGCGUAAUUUUUUAUUGAAAACCGAACAAAACAUUUUCCUGAUUUGGUGUUACGAACUUGAAUUAUAUAGUAAUUCGUGACUGGAUAAUUGACUUGUAUUUUAGGUCUCAAAAUCAUUAGUAAUACUGGCUGACCUUCAAUUCAAAAUAAAAAACUGCACACUGCUCGGUGGCAAAAUAAAUAAUUUAUUAACUUCAUAUGAUGUGCAUUGUUUUUGUAAUAUCAUCGCAAUAACACAUAUAAAGGAAAAUAUUUAACUAUAGCCGUUCAGUAUACGUACGUAAGCAGACUUUUAGUAUUUUAUUUUAUUUAGUAUUCGUUAGACGUAAAAAAGACACGUACUGUUUACCAUACAUUUUGACACAGUUUACACGCGCGCUAUGUAAACGCUGCCGCAUUUAAAUUCCAAAUACACUUAAGGGACGCUGCUAAAAUUGCCAUACAAAAAUGUACUUAAAUGUAACCAUUAUGAUAACGAUAUUUUAACACGUAAAUACUUAUGUUUCUUCACUAACCAUCAGGUACAGAGAGUUCACUUUUCUGUGCGCCUAAAAAUAUGUUUGAAUAGGGCAAUACUUGAAAAUAAACAGCCAAAUAUUAUCCUAAUACUAUAUAUAGCUGAGAUUUCCAUACCGAGGUAGUCAUGGACAAAGUCAAUUUCUAAGCAGAGCGCUGAGGUCUUCUUAAUACAAUAACGUAGGUCUAGUUGAUCUUUGUCUUGCAAAUUACCUCGGUAAUGAAAUUAGCGAGGCUUGGGAUUAUUUGUACUGCGUAGACUAAGGUAUUACUGAGGAUGCUGUGAAAAUUAUAUAAUUUGAUAACCAUACUUUAUUACCAAAAUAUGUGAAAAUGUUUGAAUGUUUAUUAGGAGUAAACACAGUAACAGUUCAAAGGAUUUGGAUGAAAUUUAUUUAAUUAAAUAAUAUUAAUAUAAUAAUAAAACUAAUUGUAACUCAAACUAAAGGCAACCACAACAUGCGUAAAACAAUUUUACGAUAUUACUUAACGAAACAUUAAAAGGAAUUUUCCAAAAAAAAUAAUUGAUCUAUCAGAAUAUUAGGGACUCAGUUAAUCAAUUUAUCACACGGAUAGACCAUGUCCCGUGUCCAUGAGUAGAACGGGAUUUUUGUAUAGGUAGCGAUGGUGUAAUUACAAAUGCGAAAGUAACUAUCUGAUUGUUAAGCUUUUAAAUUAAACUAUUUUACGAA